AUGCCGCAUGUAUUUGCACCGGGAGGUGGAGUAUACCCGUACAUGCCAACGGAGGAGAAUCCAACGGACUACGUGUACCCGUUCAUUGCCAGUGGCGUAGAAAGCAAUGAUCCAGCCGUUGCAGUUCAAGUCAAUAGUGAAGUCUUCACAAACCAACCUGAAGAACCGGAUACGCCGGAACCAACAUGGGAGGAUUAUCUUGGACACCAGAAC